AUGGAUGUUGAAAAGGCUUCUGCAAUGUUUCUCAAGUACUUGAGCUGGAGGAGAGAAUUUGUCCCCAUGUCUCUCCAUCUGAAAUUCCAAAUGACAUUGCCCAAAGAGUCUAUAUCUCUACAUCUGGACUUUGUGAGUAGUGAUGAUGGUAAGAGUUCUAUUGGAAUUGUGGCCAUUAACAAUUAUGUUAGUGGGAGUGACAGUGCAGUUUUGAAAAGGUGUCCUCUGGACAAGUUUUCAACAACCCAAAACUCAAUGAAGAACAAGAAAGAUGUUAUAGGUCGUGUGGUGGAGAUAUAUAAUCCUGUAGACAAGAUUGUGGGUGGUAAAGCCACAAAACUGAUUGACUUUCAAAUCUGUGAUAAUGCGGCGAAGGUGGUUAGUGGUGAAGUCAGAAUAACAUCAUCGUAUGAUGCAACUAAGAUCUGGGUGAAUGGUGAUUUUGAUGAGUUCAAGGACUUCAAAUCUCAGUUAAAAGUUCAAGAGACUCCAAUUAAAAGUCUGAGCACUGUGACUCUGAACUCCCAGUCCACAGGGAUUGAGAGUUUUCAAAAGGGUGAAAGGAUUGUGUCUACAAUCUUUGAUCUAUCUAAGCUGCAGGAUGGGGAUUACUAUAUUCCUGGUGAAAUUAUGGCAAUAGAGUCUUCUACAGACGAUUGGUACUACAUGGCAUGCCUGACACCUGGCUGUAACAGGAAGCUUAAAGCAAUCAAAGGGGUCUUAAACUGUGACAAGUGUGUAAAACAAUUUGAGGAAGGUACUGCUAGGUAUAAGCUUUUGGUGAGAGUCUUAGACAAAACCACAGAUGCAACUUUCAUGCUCUGGGAUAGGGAAGUUGCAGAAUUAGUUGGCAUUCCUGCUACUCUGUUGUAUGAGAAGUACAAAAAGGCUGAUGUUGACAUCCCCACUGAGAUUGAGGUGGUGAUUGGUUUAAAAAUGAUUUUUAAAGUGGGGAUUAAAAGAGCUCUGAUGAAAGGCAAUAAUCCAGCUUACAAUGUGAUGAGGGUUCUAAGGGACGAGCAGUUGUUAGAUGCUUAUUGUUCCAGAUUAUUUGAAGAUGAAGAAAAAGACCUAAUGUCACAGCAAAUAGAAGAGGAUGAGAACACUUCUCAACAUUCUGAGGAAGCCUCUAAAAAAGAAGAGGUCAAUAGUCCUGCUAACACAAGGCCCUCAGAAUCCCAAGUUAAUGCUCAAGCAUAUUCUCCUACUACUAAGAGGUCAUUGCCGGAUCAGUUUUCAUCCUCAAAAGGGAGCAAAAGGUCAAAGGGUGGUAGCAUUAAGAAGGAGAACAUGAACUGA